CCAAACAACAUCACGCCCUGCUGAUACAGACGCCACAUCGAUCGACCGGAAACCCCCCGCUCCGGCCCCUGCCACAAAACCAAACCUUAGAAAAAAAAGAAGAACUCGCGCGAUCGGCGGAAAAUGGACAGCAAAUCGCCGUGCUGCUGCUAGUGCGCAACUUGCGCCCCCCUCUCCUGACCCUUGUUGGGAUUUUAUGCCCGCUUCACUUGGCUUUCCCUCAUUUGUUUACUGCUACUCGCCUCCGCACCGAAUCUUCUCCCUUCCUCGCGCGCCGCCCCCGCCCACUAACCCGCUCCCGCGUCUGCUGCUACUGCGGUGUAGUCCAGCGGAGUGCCUACUAAGCAGCCUAUGCUCCGGCCUUGAUCGAGGUGCUAUCAUGGCGAAUCUGUCGGCGUUUGAUACUUCAUAACGCCGUCAAUUCGGCUUCUUCUGCUGCCGGGUGCUAGCUGCCGUGGGGAUGGCCCGGGAGACGGGCCGGCGCCUACGAGGGGGCGCCUGCUGUGGCGUUGUCUGUGCCGUCCUCGCCGCCGCCUUGGUCGUCUCCGUGCUCGCGAUUCGUGGAGAUCACCAGCAGUCUCGUGCACCUGGCUUCAGCCGUAAAGUUCUUCUAUCCAUAACAAGUGACCUUCCAGAUAACAACUUGAAUAUACUUCAUCCAUCACAAUUGCAAGCUCCAAGUUUUCAAAGUUUAGGAGUAACUGCAAAAUUAUCAGUACCAACUAGUACACGUGUUGAGAAACAGCAUACUCAAUAUGCACCCAGUCCAACAAGCAACCAUAAAGAUGAAGCUGUGUCACCAUCUAAACAAGCAGUGCUGCCUGCAAUGCAACCUAGUCCUCCACCUGAUCAUUUUUAUCAGUCACCAAAGAGAGAGAGAUCUCCAUCUAUACAGAGUCCAGGUCAACCUGUCCCUCCUUCCCAAAUGGUUUCUCCAACUACUCAAACUGGCAAUCAUCAUCUUCAAGAACAAGUGCCUGCAGCUUCACCAUCUCUUCCAGUUCAACUGCAUGUGCCUCACCCUGAAGUUGCCGUGAACACUCCAGCUUCUGCACCUUCUCUACAACAGCCAACCUUGUCAUCUCAACCUCCUCCAUCUCCCGUUUCAAUGGGCAGUCAAUCAACACAGCCAGCUCCUUCACCCCGUAUAAAUGGCCAUUCGGCUCCUUUACAUACCCCUCCGACAGGCCAGGACAUAUUUGGAGUACCAGUUGCUUCACCUCCAGAACUGCGCAGCAAAAAGAAACCACCGCCAAAUGAAGUUGUACCACCAACGCCCAUCGCUCCCUCAUCCAGUCAGGACAAGGAUGGCAUAUCAGUUGCCAGACCUCCAAAGAACUUACCAAGUCACAGCAGCUCACCACCAAAAGGCGUAGGACCUUCUGUUCCUCCAGUAGCGACAGCUUCACCUUCAGUUUCUGUGCCCCUCAUCAGAUCUUAUCCACCAUUGCCCACAGAUAAGCCACAAGCACAAAGAGCAGCAGCUUCUUCAGCAACAACACUCCAUCCUGCCAACCAUGGGAAGGCCAAUGGCAUUCCAGUUGCAGCACCUUCAAAAGGAAGGCAUCGCCAUUCCGUACCUGUAAAUACACAUCGGAUGAACCAUGGAGCUCCAGUUGUGGCACCUCCAAAGGGAAGGCAUCACCGUUCUUUUCCUAUAAAUAACACAUAUGUAAAAGAACCACUCAUUUCUCCCCAAAAGUCUCCCAGUUUCCGUGGGAGGGGACAUGGCAUUCCAGUCGCUGCACCUCCAAAGGAACCUUCCAGCCAUUUACCGCCUGCAAAUCAUAAACAUCACAAAGGUUCCUUUCCUGUCAUAAGUCCUGCUCCGCGUAGAGCUGAUAAUGCUUCUGAAACAAGCCAUGGGCAUUCAGGUUUAGAUCAUAGUCCUGCUCCGGCACCUGUAGUCUUGCCUCCAUCAAAAGGAAAACAAGGAAAUCCAGCAUAUGCUCCGCAUCAACCUCAUCAAUAUCAUUCACCUUCAUAUUCUCCAGAACCUGCUCUACCGCAUGUGUAUCCGCCUGACAGUCCUGCAUUUAGAAAGCCCAGGACUGUGGCACCAGUACCAAGUCAUUCCUUGCCACCGCCACCUCCAAAUUCAUACUGCACACCGAAAUAUUGUCAAGAUUCCCUGACCAAUAAUCCUCCAGGAACAACAUGUCUCUGUGUGUUGCCAAUAAAAGUCGAGCUUCGUUUAGGUAUAGCAUUGUACACGUUCUUUACGUUGGUCUCAGAACUUGCACAAGAAAUUGCAUCUGGAGUUCUCAUGAAACAAAGUCAAGUCCGUGUGAUGGGAGCAAAUGCUGCAGCUGAGGACCCUGAGAAGACAAUUGUCCUUAUCGAUCUUGUGCCACUGGGAGGAAGAUUUGACUAUACAACAGCACUUUCAGUAUUUGAAAGAUUUUGGCACAAGCAGGUCACUAUAAAUCCUACAAAUUUUGGCAACUAUGAUGUGUUAAAUGUUCUUUACCCAGGUCUUCCUUCGUCACCACCAACAGCUCCUGGAAGUCUGAACAACGGUCUUAGCAAUGUAAAUGAUCCAAGGUUACAUCCAUUUGCUGCUGAUGUAAGAAACCAAAGACAAGCAAAAAGCAGGGGCAUAGUCGUUAUAAUUAUUCUGUCAAGUGUCUUUGCUUUUGUUUUAUGUGCUGGAGCUGCAUUGGUGAUUUAUUUCAAGCUUAGGAACCGCAAUCCUUUAAUCGAAGCAUCACUUACGCCAGCAAAACCUGAAGAUCCUGGUUCUGCAGUAGUCGGCUGUAGGCUAGAAAGCAGACCUAUUUCGACAGCACCAUCCUUCAGCUCAAGCAUAGUGACAUAUAAAGGAUCAGCAAAAACAUUUAGCUUGGUUGAGAUGGAGAGAGCUACACAGAGAUUUGACGAAUCCCGGAUAAUUGGCGAGGGUGGAUUUGGACGUGUUUAUGAAGGUAUUCUUGAGGAUGGAGAACGGGUUGCUGUCAAAAUUCUUAAGAGGGAUGACCAGCAAGGAACCCGGGAAUUUUUGGCUGAGGUUGAAAUGCUUAGCCGAUUGCAUCACAGGAACUUGGUUAAGUUGAUAGGUAUAUGCACAGGGGAGCAUAUGCGAUGUUUGGUAUACGAGCUGGUUCCAAAUGGAAGUGUGGAAUCUCACUUGCACGGAUCAGAUAAGAACAUUGCUCCGCUUGAUUGGGAUGCUAGGCUUAAAAUUGCACUUGGUGCAGCACGUGGUCUUGCUUAUUUGCAUGAAGAUUCAAGUCCUCGUGUCAUACAUCGUGACUUCAAGUCGAGUAAUAUUUUGUUGGAACAUGACUUCACCCCUAAGGUUUCAGACUUUGGCCUAGCAAGAACAGCUCUGGGUGAGGGGAACGAGCAUAUAUCAACUCGUGUUAUGGGAACUUUCGGGUAUGUUGCUCCUGAGUAUGCACUAACUGGGCAUCUUCUAGUAAAGAGUGAUGUCUACAGCUACGGUGUUGUCCUUCUCGAGCUUCUUACUGGGAGGAAGCCUGUAGAUAUGUCAAGGCCUCCAGGGCAAGAAAACUUAGUUGCUUGGGCUUGUCCUUUUCUAACAAACAGGGAUGGUUUGGAAACACUUAUAGAUGUGUCACUUGGAAGUAGCAUCCCAUUUGACAGCAUAGCAAAAGUAGCAGCAAUUGCUUCUAUGUGCGUUCAGCCUGAGGUGGAUCAGCGCCCAUUUAUGGGGGAAGUUGUUCAAGCCUUAAAGUUGGUAUGCAACGAAGGCAGUGAGUUCAAUGAGUCAAGAAGCUUUAGCCGAGAUUUGCAUAUCCAGGAUUCUGAGAUUAUAAGCAGAGCAAGCCAGGAUAUGGACGUAGACCCAGUGAUAUCUACCGAGCAGUUCACUGCAUCGGCACGUUAUGAUACUCUGGAUGCCUCUGGUUCUUUUCGACGAUAUUCAAGUUCAGGUCCUCUGAAAGUCAGUAAAACUGAACAAACUCGGGAGCGAGGCUUAUCAACAGGUAGCUCGAGUGAACAUUGUGGUAUACAAAGAUUUAGGAUAGAUUCAGAGUAGCAAUUUGCAGGUUCCUUUUUAUGACCUGGGCAUUGAAGAAAUGCACAUUGGCUUAUUUUGUUCAAGCCAGACUUCAUGUGAAUAUCUUUCAGAAAUGUGAAAAGAGAUUUCAAAACCGGUGUCCCCGAUGAGGAUUGAGGAGCGACCUGGUUCCGCGGUGGAAUUGUCCUUCUAGUCAUCUCGCUGACUAUCGGCAUCCAGGGAGCUGGACAAGAGAGAAGUUUGGCGGAGAUGUACUACGCGGUUCUUUAGCUCUAACAAGUCCUUGAGAGAGAGAGAGAGAGAGCUAUCCGAGGCUUUUUCUAUUGUUUUGGGGGAAAAGAAAAACCAGAUGAGAAUGCAAUGUCCCACCUCUUACAUAUUUCUAGCACACAUCGACUUCUAUUCAUGUGCGCUAUAAUUACUUUAACUUUGAGUGCACCAGCAAUUCUAUCCGUUCCUUUUUCUUUUUC